CACGCUAUUUACCACCUCGUUCUACGCGCGGCGACACAGACGAGAGCAGAGAGAGCCAGACUAGUCCGAGCGCGCGCGAGAGAGGUAUGAAGGGGGGAGAGGCGCCGGCGCCGGCGGCGACGGUGGUGGUGGGGGAGGAGCACUGCGAGGCGGAGGACAGGGAGCUGACGGUGCGCAAGACCACGCUCUUCUCCCCGGGGGACGGGCUGGAGGCCUACGACCACCGCACGGGCGCGCUGGCCUUCCGCCUCGAGACGUACGGCCGGGGAGGCGCCUGCGGCGGGGGCGCGGCGGCGGGGGAUCUGGCGCUGCUGGGCGCCGCGGGGGACCCCGUGCUCACCGUCCGCAGGCGCCGCCCCAGCCUGCACCACCGCUGGGACGGCUUCCUGGGCGACGGGGGGGCCGCGGGCGGCGCCAAGCCGCUCUUCUCCGCGCGCCGCUCCUCCAUCCUCGGCGCCGGGGCCGGGGUCCUCGUCGACCUCCUCGCCCCCGCCCACUCCCCCGCCGCCAAGGAGUUCCGCGUCGACGGGUCCUUCCCCAGGCGGUGCUGCCGCGUGGUGGCGGUGGCCUCCUCGGGCGGCGCGGGCGAGGUGGAGGAGGGGGAGGACCAGGAGACGGUGGUGGCGGAGGUGCGCAGGAAGGUGGACGAGGGCGCGCACGUGGUGCUCGGCCGCGACGUGUUCGUGCUGUGGGUGCGCGCCGGCUUCGACGCCGCCUUCGCCAUGGGGAUCGUGCUCGUGCUCGGCCGCAUCACCGGGGACGAGCUCGACGGCGUCCUCGGCGAGGAGCUGCUCCUCGAGGCCACCUCGCCGGUGUAGUGGUAGCCACUAGGCUCCCCGUGGUUGCCUGGUCCUCUGUCCCCCUCCAUUGGUCUGCGCAGGCAGGCAGGGUGGGUGAUGCGCAUCUCGCGGACGGACUCCUGGCUGGCAUUGUUGCCUGGCAAGCAAAGCUUGGAUUGGAUCGAGCUUGUAGCUUUGAGUGAACAUGGACAAGAUCUCCACUGCACUGCACUGUUUGAUUAUUACAUUAGUUUUGAUAUAAUUAUAAAAGUACUAUCUGGAAUUGUUAAACAGGGUGUUAUGAAAGUCUUCUAUACCUACUGAA